AUCGUUCCUUCCGCUGAGCUGUGCUGCAGCCGCUGAUGCACGUGAAGGUCAGUAGAACGGUGAAGUGUGCGAAUUCGCCGGUUAAUUUUUGACUGUCACAUCUCACACCAAAAACAGUCUGUAAGUUCUGAAGAGACAUGGACUCCCAAGGAGUAACGGCAGACCCGCAGUUACAACAAUUCAUAGAAGUGGAGUCUCAAAAGCAAAGAUUUCAACAGUUAGUCCAUCAAAUGACAGAAGUCUGUUGGGAGAAGUGUAUGGACAAACCUGGGCCGAAACUGGAUGGUCGGACUGAGACGUGUUUUGUUAACUGUGUGGAGCGCUUCAUUGAUACCAGCCAGUUCAUUCUGAACCGACUGGAGCAGACACAGAGGAGUAAGGGGUCCCUUUCAGAGAGCAUGUCUGAUUAGAAUCUACGGUAAAUCAGCGAGAAUAUGGACACGCCGUAAAACAAAACUGCAAAGAAAGCACAUGAACUGCUCCCCUGCUAUUGUGCUUUUGAAGAAGAGAAGCGGUAGUUCGUGCAAAUGGGAGAUCUGAACAUGUGCCUCAUUCAACUAUUUACUUUUUGCCAGUUGGGGAGAAUGCAUCUGACCAUAACCCCUGUGGAGGUUGUGCUUAAAAUUUAGGGAUGGCAGUGAUUGAUAACUCUUCAUAUGUAAAUAUAAAUUUCUCUUUUUUUGAGAAAUAAAGUGUUAUCUGAG